AUGGCCCAACUCCAGAAUAUACCUAGGGAACUUGUAGAUAUGAUUGCGGAUGAACUUCGCAGCAACUCUCGGGCUUACAAGGCUUUGGAUAACCUCUCUAGGACAUGCCAAUCACUACGAUUGUCUGCUCAGAAGGUACUGCACCAGCAUGCAGUUAUUGACAUAUUGGAUUUCCAAGAUGAGGAACAUCACGAACUACGCGGCUGGAGCCGUCUGGGCUGUUUUGCUCGUACUCUACUGGAGCGGCCCGACCUCGCGCACACAGUGAAAACGCUGAAUAUCUCGAUCACAACAAGAACGAUCGGACACAAGCGCAUCUGCUGGCAGUUCAAGGAAGAAAUGGGUUAUGACUUCUAUGACUGCGAUUGGGACAAUAUCACGGAGCUUUGCGCAGACUUCCUCGAGAUGACAAGCUUCUCUACUGGGCUAGAGUUCAAUGAUGCUAUGUGGAUGCAAGAUAUCCGUAAGGGGGAGCAGCUUGCCAUUCUUGGAGUUGUACUCGCAUGUACUCCUAAUCUUCAGACCCUGGCCAUGGAUAGGUGGAAAAGGCGCAGGGAAUUUGAAAGCGGAUAUCAGUUGGAACCUGGACACAUCACAUUCCAGCAGAUGUUCGGCAAUAUCAGCGGCGCCAACAAUUUCUCCAUUUCCUGGAUUCCAGGAUUAGCGAACGUUAAUUCGUUAUCCGCAAACUGCCUCCUUCCAAUACAACUCGUCACUCUCCCGAAACUCACCCUCUUGGAGUUUGGACUGCAAGAUCGGCAGUUCGAUCUCGUGCCCAGGACUAUACAGAUACUACAGUCAUCCAAAACUAAUGGCGCUGUCCCGCCGUUGAAUCGUAUGAGGGUUCUGUUGGAUGUAGACUGUCUCAACAAAAUUGUACUACCAGUGGAAGAAGAUAUGGGCCAGGACAUGGACGAUGAAGUAGAUGAUAACAUCUACCGUUACAUGCAACAACUUCCUGAUCAGCUACCCAAUCUCAGUUGUCUUGACCUUUUAAUCGAACCGAUCCUGAGAGAUUCCUAUAACUGGGCUCGCAAUGUUUGGUGUGGAAGCUACGAUUGUCUUGUAGCGAAACUCACCUGUCAUAACAUCAAAACUCUUAAGAUCGACACUUCUGAAAUCUCCAAAAGCACGGUUCCGAUGUAUAACGACGAUGGUUUCCGUAUCCAAGGCACUAUUCGAUGGGCUCAGCAACUUAGGCCAAUUCAGUCCUUGACUAACUUUACCAAGUUACGUAAGAUUGUCGCUGCUCAGGAAGCAUUCUUCUCGGUUGAUGAAGAGUUCUUCGUCUGCAAGUUGCCCUCCUCCAUCGAGGAAAUUGGUAUCAUCGAAACGACAGGUGCCGUUGAUCGGUGGCUAAAACAUUUACUUGCUAACAUCUGGGCCUACCCGAACCUCAAGGUCAUCAAGCUUUGGGCAGGACGGGGACAAUAUACGAAGUUCAAGCAUGACCUAUGCGAUGGUCACUUUGAUUGGGAUCAGCGCCUGGGCAAUGUGCGUGAUCACCAAUGGCAAGAUGAAGAAUUCAACGAUGGCGAAGAGGGAACUGGUCAAAACGAUACUAAAUUGAGCCCAGCAUCUUCCUUGCUACCGCAGUGGAAGAAAGACUUUGUCGAUGCGUCUAGAGAUCACAGCAUCUGGCCUAGUCUACAAGCUGCCGGUGUUGAACUGGAACGGAAGUAUCGAUAUUACGCAACAUACCAGAGCUAUGCGUGGACGGACCUUUAA